CUGCUGCAAAGUGUUGCUGUAUCCAAAUAACAGAGAUAUGUUCAUUUUUACACAUAUAAUCAGUAUUAAUAAGAGAAACUAUAUACACUGUGGCCAUGAACGAAUCACCUAGUGAUGAAACAGAUUAUGGAAACAAGUCUAUAUCUACGUCAGCAAACGGUGAAGCAGCCAGUCGCAAAGGCCAAGCCAAGCUUCCACCAUCCACUCAGUCUGACAUAUCUAUGAAACAUUUUUUAGACUUUUUAUCAACAGCAUACAGACUAAAUGAUGCCCUGGAAAACUAUCCCUUAGAAACAUUUAAGAAGUGUAACACAAUUGACUGGAAUCAACUCAAUACUUGUGCAUUUGUCUCAGAGCUUUUUCAGAAUAGUUUAACUGACAAACAAUUUCAUAGAAAGAGCUGUGAUAAAGAUCAUGAUUAUUUAACAGAGGAGGCUGACAAUUGCAAUGGAACCAAACAAAAUGGUGCUGGUAUUACUUAUUGUGAUAAUUCCCAGCAGGUUGAUCAGAGUAUCAGUAACAGACCGACUGAGGAGUGUAAGCCUAUUGUCAAGCAGAAUUACAAGAGAGGUGAGAAACACAAACGUGGACGAUCUGCCAGUUUGGGGGGGAAUAACAUCAGUAAUAGAGGAGACAAAAGUAAAUUGGAUAAAAGAAGAAGUAGUUUUACAAAAAAGGACAAUACAGAAACAAAAACAAAAAACCGCACUGAAGUUAACAUUGCGGAGCGACAGGUGAAACGGAAACUAAGUGAAGUUUUACAAGAGGGUAUUUUAGAUUCUGUUUUGCCCUAUGUUAUUCCUAAGCAAAAUAGUAACUUGUCUCCAAAAAAACCUCUAUCUGUUUUGGACAAGAAAAAUGGACAUGACAAGAUUUCUACACCUUCUAGCCAAAGUAAAAAUAAUAUUGCAGUAUAUCAUUCAAAAAAGCAGAACUAUUUGUCAACAGAAAACAACAAGGAUUCAGCCAAGGACAUCGAAGUAGAAAUUCAUGUAUGUGAUGAAGUAAAAAAUAUGAAGAAAGACUUUCGUUGCUCACAGAAACUGCUGGUUUCCAAAAUGGGAUAUUUUGCAGAAGUGACCACAGGUCAAAAUUUGGAAGAUAUGGAUAUAUCAGUUCAUUGUGAUAUAACAAUAUUUGAGUGGCUAAUGCGAUGGGUGAAGAAAGAUCCAGCGAGGCCAGAGUUAACCCCUCAGCUAGAUGCUGCAAAUGUAAUUCCUGUUCUUGUAUCAGCAGCAUUUCUUCAGAUGGACCCUCUCUUGAAUGACUGUUUGCAUUUUUGCCAAGAGCACAUAAAUGAUAUUUUAAGACUGGCAACCAAUUUGUCAUGUUUAAAUGACAGCAUAAUUACAAGGUUAGCGAAUCAAUUCACAAACAUAGAAAUAGAAGAGAUGAGAGAUAAAAGAGACAAACUCCAAUCUAGAUUAUUCUGCAAGUUGAUAGCAUUUCUUGGUGACCCAGAGCCUGAUCACAAGCGGGGACAUUUUGCUUCGCUGGCAUAUAUAUUUGAGUGUGCACAUUGCCACAAAUUGUUGCCUCAGAGCCUCAGUACUCUGGUCAGUUGCUGUCCAUCCAGUAACCGUAUCAACUCACUGGGCCACAUACAAGGAAUACAUAUCAGGAACCCAGAUUGGAGUGUGACUGAGCUGAUCAAACAAAUCCGCAGUGAAUUAGGCAGUUGGCGUGGGGUCUACUGGAGACUUUGGGCCCAGUGCCAUUGGCUCCUGUGUUCUGUCUGUCAUGUCUACUACCCUGUCUCUCAGUCGGACUGGUGUUGUUAUCAUUCUGACUCACCUCAGUUCUUCAUAAUGGAACAGCAUCGUACAAUGUCUUUUCCCAUAGGGAGAUAUCCUUGCUGUGGAGAGAGAGCGUAUCGCUUUGAGGUAUUACAGAGUUCAAAUGGCUGCACAUACAGAUCUCAUGUCCCUAUAGUUGAUUCAAAUAUAAGUUUUGCAAUCCAAAAGAUCUUCCAGACGUAUCGACACGCCAUUGCUUUAGAUCCCCCACAUACAGUCUUCCAAGAGCGCCUUACCCGCUUAGUCAGGUCUAAUAGAGACAACAGUAAUCUAGAAGACAACAAAGACUGUGUGCCAAACACCUCACUCUGGUGGCAAGGACUAGAAUUAGCUCCUUCGCUCAAUAAGACUGCUUUAAUUUCCCGUAUAUGGGAGAAGCCAAAGGAAUCUAAAGCCAAAGUUAAUUGGAUGGAGAGCUGUGUUCAAGUGACUGGACAUUCACAAGUCUACAGUGAGGUGUCUGGAUCCAGUGAGAAUGCUACUAGUUCACCAGAUGAUACAGAAAGAGAUUCUUCUCCCAGUCUUGGGGAAGACAACUCAGAAGAUUCUCUUCUCUGUAAUUCUCCUGUUCAUAAAACCAGCAAAAAGAACUGUUCCAUGUUUGUGUAUUGUCCAAACCAGCCAAACCAAUGGUUAGCACGUUAUUCAACUCGCUAUAACCAGGACAGUCUACGCGACUAUGAGGAGUGGUCCUUGAGCACUGUGGUGAGCCUGCUGUCCCGGAGACACGGAGAUCUGUACCAGCGCGGUAACAAUCGAGGCAAGUGGGGACCACACAUCACACCUUUGGGUGGGACAUAUAUCCGGUUGGAAGCACAAUGGCGGGAGGGACAUAUGCAUCUUUACCAGGGAGGACGAGUGCCUGUUAUUUCCAAUCCCAGGAGCCGAUCAAUUGUAUCUUCCCGAGCUCGUCCUCGGAGUAAUCUUCGCUAACUUUUCAAUAAAUAUAUUAAAUUUUAAUACAAAAGUAAAUGUUUUCUGUAAAAUUUAUUAAGAACUUUGUGAGUACAAUAAUAUGCAAGUAU